AUGAACAAAGACCGUUGUAUUAGUAGAUAUGGGGGAAUAGAAUUAGACUACACCCUAGGCAGCUCCACAGCAUGGACAUUUGAUUUGUGUGACAUCAACUGUGCAGGUCAGAAUUCAUCAUACAGAGGUUACGACGAGUAUAAGUUAACUGAUCAAAUAGCCGCAGGAUUCGAAAAUAUUCCUGUUAUCUCUGCCCUCUUCCCCGUCACCCCCAACAAAAAUGUAGAUCGCAUCAAUUACGUUAAUUACCAGGUCAUGCGCCUCGUCAAUUUAACUAAGGUAGCCGUUGAGGGCCUCAGCGCACAGCUCUCAGCCACAUCUUUGAUGACUAUACAAAAUAGAAUGGCCCUAGACAUGCUUUUGGCGGAAACGGGAGCUGUCUGUCACAUCUUUGGUGAUAUGUGUUGUACAUUCAUCCCCAACAACGCCGCCCCGGAUGGGUCAGUUACUAAAGCCCUAGAAGGCCUCAAAGCUCUCUCUAAAGAAAUGCAUGACAACUUCAUCACGGGAUGGACGUUAGCAGAGAGAUUCAUCACCUCGAUGUUUCACAAACAGGAACUAAAGGGGACUAUUAUAAUGCUUCUACUGGGAAAGGGACAUGAUAGUGAGGAUGAAGGCGACGACAAUGAUGAGGCAGCAGAUAUUACACUUAACCUGGGGGGCACGGAAUACGCCUCUCCAUAUCCUCUGAUUCUCUCUCUGGAGAACCACUGUUCAGUGGAGCAGCAGACCAUCAUGGCCAGGCAGCUGCGCUCCAUCCUGGGAGACAAACUGCUCACAAAGCCCCUCAACGACCAGCUCUCUGAGAGCCUGCCCUCACCCGAGGACACUCUGAGAAGACGGGUGCUCUUGGGGCUGCUCUCUAAAUUGGAACCGGGGCUCAAAAGAGUACCUUUGGAUUUGGAUUACAUGGAAUUUACAUGGACAUCAUUUUUACAGCAUAACAGUCAGCAUCUGAGCAGGACCUACCCAUCUGGUCAACGCCUGCAAUCAUCCAACUACAACCCUCAGGACAUGUGGAAUGUCGGUUGCCAGAUUGUGGCUCUGAACUUCCAGACUGACGGGGAACAGAUGGAUCUAAAUCGGGGAUGUUUCUUACCCAACGGUCACUGUGGUUAUGUAUUAAAGCCCAGCUUCCUGUGCCAGCCGGACACAGGUGGAGGACCAGGACACAACCCCACUCUCCUCACCAUUAAGGUCAUCUCAGGCCAGCAGCUGCCAGGCACAGAGAAACUGAAAUCCAUUGUAGAUCCUAUGGUGUGGGUGGAGACCCAUGGGGCUCCCAUAGACAACAACAAGAAAAAGACACACCGAAUCGACAAUAAUGGCUUUAGCCCCAGGUGGGACUGCACCAUAGAGUUUCUGUUGCAUGCACCUGAGCUGGUCCUGGUUUGCUUUGUGGUGGUGGACCACAAUCACACUUCCAGGAAUGAUUUCCUGGGCCAGUUUACACUGCCUUUCACCAGCAUGUGUACAGUUUACAGGCACGUGCGGCUACUGAAGGCUGACGGUUCCAGUCUCUCUCCUGCCAGCCUCUUCAUUCAUGUGAAGGUCACACCUAAUUACAGCAGCUCUGAGCGUGCAGCAUAA